AUGAGCGGGAGACAGGCAGAGAGUGGAGGCGGCUCCAUCAACAUCACACAGCUCCCACUUGAUCAGCUUGAGGGUCUGCGGAAGCAGCUGCAACUAGACGUCAGCAGCCUUUCCGCCGCCUAUGACAGCCUUCGGAGCGCGCACUCUCGCUUCUUGAGCAACCGCGACGUGCUCAAAGAGUACCAGACGGUCUGCGAGGCCGCCCGUGCCAAUGCAGAGAAACCCCAGGAGGCGCUUGUCUGCAUCAGCAGCGCCCUCUACGCCAGUGGUCGCAUCAUUCCCAGCGACCGCGUGCUGGUGGAUGUUGGAACGGACUACUUUCUCGAGAAGCCGAUAGGGUCCGCACAGACGUACUUCGCCGGCCGCGCGGAGGCGGUGCAGGAUAACUUGGAGUCGCUGGAGCAGAAGCUUCGGGUUAAGCAGACGCAGCUCUCGCAGGUAAUGGAUACGAUGCGCAUGAAGCAGUCUGCUGCCGCACAACAGCAGGCAGCUGCCGCGUAA